AUGUCAUUUGUCGAGGUUUUUCGGGAGAAAUCGUGGAACUCUUCAGGGUGGGCAACGUGGAAUGAUCCCUUUGACCAACGGAGGAUUCACGAUGACUCGUACUUAGAAUUGAUAACACUUCAUAAGUUGGUGAUGGAUAAGGUGACGGCAACGUCUUCUUCAUUAAGUCAAAU